UAGUUUUAUUUUCAACCUUGUCGAGUGCGGACGCUAAGCUGCGAAUUUCGUAGACCGUAGGUUAACUGGUGAUCUCUUUAUAUGCUAAUGUCGCUUUUAUAGUACAUUUUAACUAAUGCAUUAAAGACUCUCUCUCUCUAUCUCUGUUGGUCGUGUCCAUUGUAUUGUAACACGCAGCAAAGCCAACAUCACCAGAGUGUCGGUUUAUUUAAUUUUGAAGCCAUAUAGUGAUUUUAUUGGUUCUCAAAACGGCUUACAGCGAUUACCUUAAAGUUUACUUAAGCACGCAGCGGGCGUUUAAGGCAUUUGGACAAGAAUUGGAUAUAAUAUUGCAUAAGUAUAACCGUGGUAAACUAUAAAAAAAAUCUCAAAAAAUUGUUAUUGUGCAUUAAAAAAAAAAAAAAAAAAAACCUUAAUGUUAAAAACUUAUAUGGACUGUUUAAGUUUUUAAAAAACAAAUCAAAUAGUUAAUAUCAUAAAAAAAGUGAUUAUCGUGUGUGAAAAGUCGAGAACUUUCUUUAAAAACAAAAAGGAUUUACAAAAAAAGUUGCACUCUUUAAUAAUUCAAAAAUUUCAACACAAAAAAAAGAUCAAAAACAAGUUUAUACAUUUUAAGCAAAAAUUAGCGAAGCUUUUUCAAAAACCAAUAUACCGGAUUUUCAACUGUUCUUAUAAACCAUACCAGCAAGUUUUUUAAUUAAGAAAGUGACGAGAUACUUUACUCUGCCUGUCUAUUUGUUUGCGGCAUUAUAAAUCUUAUUGAUAGACGACGCAAAAUGAUUUCAAGAAGGAAAAUAAUAUCACGGUCUUUGGACAAUCUAGAUUCAAUAGGACCAAAUGACGAUGAAGAAGAUAUGUGGUAUGACAAGGACAAACUGUGCAAGGAUCACAUUGAUGAAGUUCUCUCUAAAUGGGAACAAAUUGACGAUGAAAUUUGGGCAAAAAUUGUUGUUUUUGAGAAAAAUCGACGCGUAGCAAAAGCUUAUGCUCGAUCAUCUGUCAUUUCUAUCAAUGGAUCCAAACAUGGUUUCGAUGGAGUUCGAAUCGGUUUAAACGGUUUUCAUAAUCCAAUGCGUGAUCCUCAAACAAAUGAAGUCAAAAAAGCCAUUGGUGAAGGUUUCAAAUUGAAAAUGGACGAGACGGGAAAUAUUCUGAUCAAACGCUAUGGAAAAUCCAAUGUUUACGUUCAUAGCACGUCAAAAUUGUCGAAUGAAGAAACAGUCAUUGGGGCAGAUAUAUUACAAUUGCCACAACAAGCCAUUAAUAUUGGAACUUCUGCCAAGCUCUUUGACAUGCGUAAGUUCACAACGAAUAUAAACCGAGAAAUAUCUCGAACUGCGCCCGAAUGUAGCCGCCUUGAACGUCAAUGUUUAUCUGCCAUUUCUGUAGUGAAAUCCAGCAAUAAUCUCAUUCACAGUCCACUUUGGAUUCUGGUCAUAAAUAUUGUUGCCAUUGAUAUGCUUAAGAGUCGAAUCACAACAAUAGGAAGAAGCAUCGAUAGUGGUCAUCGAAUUUCUCCAACAACUUCCGGUAGUGAAGAUCCUUAUUCGACAAUCGAAAGUCAAGCUGAGCUCAUUCUGGCCGAAGAUGCCAAAAUGAAUGCAAAACUUAAGGAAUACCAUACCUACGAUGAUAACCCCUAUGUUCCUAAGCCUGAUUAUGAAAUCUACAAUCAGACCAUUUCUCCAAUAAUGACCCCGAAAAACAAAACGGUCCAACGCAAAAAACAAGAUGAUCCUUACUACUGUGGUCUCUUAGCACGAAUUCCAAAUUUUAUCAAGUCCAACAAGUCAUCGAAUAACAAAAAGAAGGAUUCGAAAACAGCUCGCAAAAUCUCUGCUCAACACCUACAUAAUCUGCCUACGCAUCCAGUUCCGUUUCCAGCGUUUCAUCAGCAUCCUCAAGCAUCUUACUAUCCUUUUAAGUUGCAUCCGCAACAUCACCGAAUUUCACAAUCUCAAAUGUCCUUGUGGGAUGCACGUAGCUUAGUCAGUGGAGUUGAAUAAAAAUGGACUCGUAGACAUUACUCAUUAGAAUUUUAAUUAGAAUAUUUUUUUAUCAAAAUCAAAUUAAAAAAAAUAGAGACGAGGUAAACCAUGAAAGGAAUUCGUAUCGCAUAGUGAGUGAGGUCCUUUGCCAUAAAACCGCUUAAGACUGAAAUACGUCCUAUAACAAAAAUGGAGAGCAACAUUUUGUUAUGUAGGCCAACGGCAGAAAUGUUUCUGAUCUUUUUUUUAGUUAAAAUUAAGUCGUGCGACAAUUUUGUUUUUUUAUUAUUUUAUAUUAAAUGAUUAUUAUAAUUAAGUAAUGUAAUAAAUCAAAAAACUGCCUUGUUUAAUUUUAUAAUUAAUUGUUUUUAUCAAUUACAUUGUAUGCUUGUGUUUCUAGUGUACAUAUAUAAUUAUUAUAAUAUUUUUUUUUGUAAAUAUUUAUAGAAAACUUAUUUUUUAUACACAUAUAAAUAUAAAUA